AGAGAGAGAGAGAGAGAGAGAAUAUCCCAAGCAGGCUCCACACUCAGCGUGGAACCUGAUGUGGAGCUCCAUUGCAUGACUGUGAGAUCAUGACCUGAGCUGAAAUCCCAAGUUGGACCCUCGGGGCACCUGAGUGGCUCAGCUGGUUAAGUGUCUGACUCUUGGUUUCAACCUAGGUCUUGAUCUUACAGUUCAUGCGUUCAGGCCCCGUGUUGGGCUUUGGGCUGACAGUGCAGAGCCUGCUUGGGAUUCUCUGUCUCCCAGUCUCUUUGCCCCUCCCCCACCUGCUCAUUUUUCUGUCUCUUUCAAAGUUAAUAAAUAAAAAUUUUUAAAAAAGAAAGAGUUGGACCCUCAAUCGAUUGAGCCACCCAGGCACCCACUAUUUGUUUUAAUCUUAACAUAAAACAAUUAUGUUAAAAUAGUAGCUAUAGUUAGUAUAGAGUUCAUACUAGAAGUGGCUGAUGGUUUGCAAAAUGGCUGCAGUCAUUCCUCCUUCCUGUGUACACAUUCCCAUCAGGAGUCAGGAGAUAGAGUCUACUUCCCAGCCCUUGAAUCCAGGCUGGCCUUGGGACUUGGACUAAUAGGACAUGGUGAGAUGAUGCUGUGAACCUCCCAGUCUGGGCUUCACAGCUUCCACCUGCUCCCUGUUGGAACACCAUGCCACCACAGGGGCCAGCUCAGGCUAGACUCUAGGAAAAUGAGAUAAGGCCUGCAAGCCGGGUCCUCCUACACCAGCCACUCCCCGGUCUAGCCACCAGAUGGCAUUAGCCACGAGAAUGAUGGCAGACCAGACCAGCAAAGAACCACCUAAAUCCAUCUAGCCCAACAUUACUGACCCACUAAAUCGUGACAAAAUAAAAUGACUGCUUUAAGCCAUUAAGUUUUGGAGUGGUUUGUUACACAGAGAUAAAUAACUGAUAUAAUAGGUUUUAAAUAUUAUUUAUUAAGGUGAUAACAUUAUUCUUAAGUUGAGCAUUGACCCUUUAAUAGGACUGAAUUUGAAUAAGGAAGUUUAAUCUUUGUGGAAAGAGAUAACAGUGGAGGGGCAUCCGGCUGGCUCGGUUGGUAGAGCACGCAGCCUGAUCUCAGGGUCAUGAGUUCAAGCCCUACAAUGGGCAUAGAGAUUACUUUAAAAUAAAAUAAAAGAGAUAACAGUGGGGAGAACAUACUGGAACCUAUUUUUCUAUGAAAAGUUCACUAUAUCUUGGUUUAAGUGUUUAUUUUUACAGAAAUAACUGUAUGAGUCUCCUCAUUCAUUAACCAUUGUGGACACCUUCCAUGUCAAUGAAUGCAGAGGUAUAUUUUUAAAUAGUUGUGUAAUACUUCAUUGAAUAGAUACACCUAAUGUGUUUAUAUAACUUCCUUUUUAUUAAUGUUUUAUUUUUGAGAGAGAGAGAGAGUGCGAGCAGGGGAGGCACAGAAAGAGAUGGAGACACAGAAUCUGAAGCAGGUUCCAGGCUCUGAGCCGUCAGCACAGAGCCGGAUGCAGGGCUCGAACCCACAAACCACGAGAUCAUGACCUGAGCCAAAAUCAGACGCUUAACGCUUAACUGACAGAGCCACCCAGGAGCCCCUACAUAACUUCCUUUUACUUGACAUUUAAGUUAGUUCCUAAAGCCAACGUAUAGAAGGUAAUGAAAGGAACUUCUUAUAUUUACAACUUUGAGUAUUUAGCCUCAUCUGUUUGCUCCUCCCUAAAACAAGGCUCUCUGUGACCCUUCCUAUAGAAUUGUUAUAAAAAUUAAUGAAAUGUGUAUGAAGCCUUCAACAGUUUGGGGGAUAUAGGAAGCCCUUAAAAAUGGUAGUCUUUUCAUUAUUAUUAUCUGAUUAUAAGCUUCUUUAGGGCAGGGACUAUAUUAGCAUCUCUCAGGACCUGGCUCUAUUAUAAAACAGCUGGCACCUGCUGAGUGCUUCGUAUGGGCCAGGCCCUCGGUUCAACCACAGCCUUUAAAAGUGUAAGUCAUAUUAUUAUCCUCAUACUACAGAUGAGGAAAUUGAGACGCAUAGAAGUAAGAUAACUUGCCUAACGACAGAACUAAAAUUUGAAUUCAAAGAACUCAGAAAACUCAACACCCCCCCAAAAAAAUAAUCCAAUUAAAAAUGGGCACAAGACAUGAACAUUUUGCCAAAGAAGACAUCCAGAUGGCGAACAGACACAUGAAAAGAUGCUCAACAUCACUCAUCAUUGGGGAGAUGCAAAUCAAAAUAAUGAGAUAUCACCUCACACCAGUCAGAAUGACUAAAAUUAACAAGACAGGAAACAAUAGUUGUUGGCAAGGAUGCAGAGAAAGGGGAACCCUCUUCACUGUUGAUGGGCAUGCAAACUGGUGCAGCCACUCUGGAAAACAGUAUGGAGGUUCCUCAAAAAGUUAAAAAUAGAACUACUCUAUGAUCCAGCAAUCACAUUACUAAAUAUUUAUCCAUAGGAUACAAAAAUACUAAUUCAAAGAUAUGUGCACCCAAUGUUUAUAGCAACAUUAUCUACAAUAGCCAAGUUAUGGAAACAGUCCAAAUGUCCAUCGAUUGAUGAAUGGAUAAAGAAGAUGUGGUGGGUGUGUGACACCCACACCCACACAAUGGAAUAUUAUACAGCUAUAAAAAAGAAUGAAAUCUUGCCAUUUGCAAUGACAUGGAUGGAUCUACUAGAGGGUAAUAAUGCUAAGUGAAACAAGUCAGAGAAAGACAAACACCAUAUGAUGUCACUCAUAUGUGGAAUUUAAGAAAUGAAACAAAUGAGCAAAGCGGGGGAGGGGGAGAGAGACCAACCAGGAAACAGACUUUUAACUAUAAAGAACAAAUGUAUGUUUACCAGAGGGGAGGGGUGGGGAAUGGGUGAAAUAGGUGAUGGGGAUUAAGGAAUGCACUUGUGAUGAGCACCAAGUGAUGUAUGGGAGUACGGAAUCAUUAUAUUGCACCUGAAACUAAUAUAACACUGUUAACUGACUGAAAUUUAAAUAAAAACUUAAAACCAAAGCAAUCUCACUCUAGAACCCCUGCUCUGAAAACUAUACUGUGCUGCCUCAGUAAAUAUAUGCCUUAAUAAAUUGUUGCUGAAUGAAUAAAUAAUGGAUUAUAGAUCUCUAGAGUGCAAUUUCUGGAUCUCAGAGCACGCACAUUUUUAAAGGCCUUUAAUGCAUAUUGUAAUAUAAGCUAUUCAAUAUACUUUAUACUUUUUAAAAAUUUUUUUAAUGUUGAUUUAUUUAUUUUGAGAGACAGAGCAUGAGCAGGUAAGGGGCAGAGAGAGAGGGAGACACAGAAUCCCAAGCAGGCUCCAGGCUCUGAGCUGUCAGCACAGAACCUGAAGCAGGGCUCAAACCCACAAACUGUGAGAUCAUGACCUGAGCUGAAGUCGGACGCUUAACUGACUGAGCCACCCAAGUGCCCCUACUUUUAAGUUUUUUAAAAAUACAGUGCAGAAAAAUUUAGAUACAAUAUUAUCACAUCCAUGAAAACAAAAAAUGCAUAGAAUAAAAAAUGAAAGAAACACAUCAAAAUGUUAAGAGUGGUCAUUUUCAAAGGAUACACAUUCAUAGAUGACUUUUUGCUUCCUUCUAAUUUUUCCAAAAUUUCUGUAAUGAGUUGCCACGUUAUACAAACAAGCUGAAUAACUAUAGCCUUAUUCUUGUGUUAUGUGUGGUUUUCUGCCCUGUAGUUGGUUUUGUCCUUGGAAGGCAACAUUUCUCAGAAAAGAGAAUUUUCAUUACUAUAUUGGAUUCUUUGUUCUCUAUCAAUCUUAGACAAGAAAUAAGAAUCACAGGCAAUCUACCUUCCUGACAUUAUUGGAGUGACUCAUUUGAUCGAACUCCUGGAGCUAAUAAGCAGCUGUGAUAUUUCCCGUCUAAAGACAAGAGAACUGUUGUACUCCUACAUCCGUUUGUAAAGCACUUUGUAUUGACCCAGGUUUUGCAAAGACUUUAUCAAAUUGUUUCUCAAACAAUCCUAUGAGGUUGUAAUAAGUCUCACCAAGCCUCGGAUAUACACACACCUAGGUGAAUGUAAAUGUUACAAUUUGGCAUAUUAACCUGUGAAUUUUUUUGCCGAGUACUUGGCUGAUAAGUGAGCCCUUUGCCUAGUUUUAGCAGCAGCUAGGGUAUGCUAUGCUAACUGCCUCAAAGAAAGAACAAUGUAACAGAACACAAUGUUUGGCUUAGGACUUUUGAAAGACUGGAGUAGAGGAGACCUAGGUAGAGGAGACCUAGGUCAGAGAUGAGGAAGAGUAAAGUUGUCCUACUUCUUCCCCACCUGGGUCCACAAGCUGUGAAAGAGAGAAGGGGAAGUUCAAAAGAAAAAGAGUUAGCUUAGAUGUGAACACUGGAGUUUCCUAGAUAAUGUGGCCCUGCACCCCAGAUCCCAGAGAGGUUUGAGGUAUCCGAGAGCACAGAAAACCCAUGCAUCUCUUGAUAGGUAAAUGGGGCAAGCCUUGCAAUGGUAUGGAAAGUGUGUGAAUAUUUCCAGUGAGCACAAAAGUAAUGAUAACAUGGAAAGCAGGGUGACCAGAGGUGAUUAGUCUUUAAGCUCACUCUUUCUUCUGCCAAAUACAAGCUGCUGUUUCAGUUCUAGAAUUUCCACUCCGUUUUUUUUUUUUUUAUAGUUUCUAUUUCUCCACUAAGAUUCUACCUGCCCACUUAUAGUUAGUUACCUUUAAUUUUUUUUUAACCUAUCUCAAAGUUGGUUUUUAUUAACUGUGUUUUGAGGUUUUUUGUUUUUUGUUUUUUGUAUUUUUUUUUUUGGACCCUUUGGUUGACAUUUUGUUUCCACCUUUGUAAGACAGGGACUUCCUGGUGAUGACAGAAUUGUGUUAAGGGAUGACAAAAAUCUAAUGUCAAAGCAGUCACUUGAAGUAGGGCAGGGUACCAUCUUAUUAGAAUGGUGUGAAAUGCGUGAUUAUUUCCAAUCUUCAAAUAAGGACAGUUGCAAAAAUCCUCGUGAAAAAUAUAAGGAUACAUCUCCACUCUUCCUGAUCAGCCUCAAACAACUGGCAAGAUCUUAACAGUAGAACUGGAAGAUAAUUUAAAACAUUAGCGUCUAACUCCCUUCUUUCUGCCAAGUAGAAAGGACACUCUCCUCCAGUGAUUUUUUUCUCAAAAAUUUUUUCUAAUGCAGCUUCCUUGCAUUUCCUAAUAUAAAGGUAAUACAUAUUUAUAGAAAAAUCAGUCAAAACAAACAGGCAUGAAGAAAAAAGUACUACCCAGAGAAAUUACUACUAACAUUUUGCUGAACAUCCUUCUAGAUGCUGCUCUAUGCAAAUGCUUAUACAUAUCAUUUUAUAUGAAUGAAAUAAUAUACAUGCUUUUAACUCAAUAUGUGGUAAAGAUCAUUAUCAAGAACUACAGAUUCAUAUCAUCCUUUUCAGCAACACUAUAAUCCAUUGCAUAGGUAUAUCAAAAUUUAUUAAACAAGUCCUCUAUGGAAGUCCUCUAGAUUCUUGCAAUAACGAACAUUCUUUCUGCUGUGCGUAUAUGAUAACUUUGUGUAUUUGUCAGAUUAUGUCUCCUGAGGCAGUACAUUUCUUUAAUAUUAUUUCUGGGCUGAAGCAUAUUCAAAAUUUGUGAUAAUUAACAGACCAUUCUCACCAAGAAGGCUGUAGCCACACUCACACUUCCACCAAUAGUAAGCCCAUUUCUCUCUCUCUCUCUCUCUCUCUCUCUCUCUCUCUGGUCAUACUGGAUAUGUGUAAUCUUUUCAAAUUUCACCAAUAUGUCAGGCAAAAAGUAACAUCUAAAUUGUGUUGGGUGAUUUGCCAGGGAGCUCUAAUGCAGUAUUGAGGAUGGAUAUCUUGCCAUGUACUCCUUUCUGGCUUUAAAUGGACAAUGUGUGCAAUAUGCAGGGGUCUGUAAUGUAAUUGAGGUGGUCUGGCUUCCAUACUCCUAGCUUUGCACUAACUUUGUAUGUCCUUGGGUAAGAUCAUCAACUUUUCUGUGCCUCAGUUUCUUCAAAUGCAAUGGGUGCAACUUGGAAUGGGUGUUCUUGCCCUUCCUUUCAGGCUCCACAGAGGGGAUAGUAGGGAAUGCACUGUGCACAACAGUGGACAAGUGUCUUGACUAACCCAAUGCCACUCUCAGCCCGUUCUCCCCUGCCUGUCCCUACUCUGGAAGAAGCUGGAAAUGCCCAAUACCCUCAUCUCAGCUUCCUAUGGAGCUAAGGAGUGGCCAAUUUACCAUGUUCUGGCUAAAGAGACACAAAGGGAAGUCUACUGAGGUGCUUCUAGAAAACUAGCUUUCUUGAUGAAAGAAACAGGCACGAGAGAGAGAGAGAGAGCUCACAGGAGCUGCCUCUUUCUCACCCUCCUCUUUCAAUGCAGACUUCAUGCCUGGACCCACGGGGAAGUGUGGUAGCUUUAUACUGGGUCAACUCAGCUGAGCAGGAUCUGUUCUUCAGAAUUCUGCAUGGUUUCAAGGUUAGCAUUAGCCACAAGAGAAGUGCUGUAUGUGAUGGAGAGGGCAGUGGCAAAGCAGCAGCUAUGGUUUUCAUGCUCUGAAGGACAAUGCAAGGGCUCCAGGCACAGUGGUGUCUCUAGUACAUUGUCACUCAUCUGCUGGCUCACCUUGCUGGUGGGUCUCCUCCUUCAGCUUCUCCGUGUCCUAAGCCAAAUGCAUGUGCAGCCCCAUGAAGGAUGCCAGCUUCUUCUGCAGUAUGCCUGUUACCAAGGUCAGAGGUAGUGAGGGACACACACAAAUCCAGUCUGUCUUAGAGGAUUCUAGUUUUUCAUGAAUUCCAGUUAGCCCCUGCAGGUUCCAAGCCUAUACUUGCUUUUAUCCAGGUCUAGCUUUCUACCCUGACUGCCAUUCUGUCUGACCUAUGGUGACUUCACAUUCAACACUAGAAUCAAAGACCGCAAACAGCUUUGAACAGACUUCUCAAUGAGCUCCCACAAUCAUGUAAGGUCUGAUGCCUCAUUCUCCAAUAGAACUUCUGUGAUGAUGGAAAUGUUUUGUAUAUGAGCUGCCCAACGAUAGCCACUAGUCACAUGCAUGUGGCUAUCAAGCACUUGAAGUGUACCUAGUGCAACCGAGAAACUACAUUUUUACUCUCAGUUCAUUUUAAUUCAUUUACAUUGCCACAUGUAGCUAGUGGCUACUAUGUUGAACAGCACAGAUCUGGUGCCUAACAAUAAAUCUGUCAUUCUUCAUCACUUAUAGUGGUUCUUUUUCUCUGGUUGAAUCCUGACUGGUGACUACAUGGGGAAAGAACAUGUAGACUGAAAGCCAUAGGUAUGCUAGGAACGAAGGGCUGGAGAACAGAAGGAGGUGGGUCCUGAGAGGCCCACCUACCUGUGACUGCUGAACUCCUUAUUUGAGAAAAAUAGACUCCCUGUGAACUUGUCCUUUGGGAGCCCCAUCUCCAUUCCAAUUCCCAGACCAAGUAUCAAGGUGAGCUAACAUAUUCAUGGCGAGCAAGCAGGCUGUGGUAAGAUGUAUUCUUCAACAGGUAAUUUUUUCUUUCUUCCACCGUGACAACUUUUUCCCCUUGCCUGUUCCCUAUGCAGAUCCUUCCACCUCCCAGUCUUCCUCCCGUCCCCAAGUGACUAUGACCUUCCUCACAGGAUAGAAUUACCCCUUUUCGACCAUCAAAUUGGAUUUUGUUGUUGUUGUUUUAAACACCAGCCCAUUUUCAGGAGUCUGCAACUGUGACACGUUUGUCAGCCCUAGUUUCUAUAACUGGCCACUUAGUAAUACACUUUACCAGGAAUGGGUCUUUCCAAAUGUGCUCUGCACAGUUAACAUGAAAAGAUUAAUCCUGAGCAACAUUUUCUCUCAGGGCCGAUCUUGAGUGCAGAGCCGCCGUGCGGUGCUUUCCAGCUGUGUUCACAAACACAAUUCCACACAUCAGGAACAUUUCUCUUUUUUCUUUUCAUUCUUGCUUGCUUGCUGAAACGAGUGGUUAGCCGUUCUGGUGUUGACACAGAAAAAGGCAAAAUGCUGGCAACCGAAUCAAAGCCGACAAUGCAACAGGCAGCUCAGCGGCGCGCCUGGUUCGGUUCCUCACACCCACCAGGCGUACUUUCAACUUCCUCCCAAUUUUGGUCCCGGCCCCUUGGCUUAUCUUCCUGAGAAUGUUAAAAGAAAAGAAAAAAGAAAAAGAACACUGAUCUUACUGCAAGCUGUCUUUAGGGUCUGUUGUUCCCUUCUUAUGCACACGGCCGGGACUGGUCCUCCUAACUUCUCCAUUGUCUGGUGAGUCACUCUUGCUUUCCCGUUUUCGCCUUCCGUGAAUUCUGCGCACACCCCACAAGUGCCCCGCUCUCGCUCCCAGCGCUCCGCCUGGGCUCAACGAUUCCUAGCCGUGCGGCUUCCAGCACCCACUCCCCAGGGUUUGGGUGGGAGCGGGGCCACAGCGCAGCUCCAGCCCAGCGCCCGCGGGGCCGGGCCGGGCCGGCGUUCGGGGUCGGGGCCGUCUCCUCCCCUCUCCCCGCUGAGGACCUCGCAGUGAACUCUCAGUGCCCCCACGGGGCGGGACGCGCGCGUCCCACCUCUGGGGCAGCUUGCGGGCGCUAGCCCUGGGGACGGUGACUCCGCUUCUGAGUCCGUCCCCAGGCGGGUGCGGAGUGGUGGCGGCCGCCCCCUGGGCGCGGGGCCGCGGCCGAGAGGAGCCCUGAUCGGCAGAGGAGCCCUGAGCGCCGCCCGGAUGCUGCAGCCUAGUGGCCUCUCCCGGAGCGACGCGAGCCCUGGGGCCGAGCCUUUCCUGGGCGCGCUGGGGGCCGGAAGGGGGCUCUGGACUUGGAUCCCUCCCCCUUUCCCUCUGCGUGCGGGAGCGCUCUCAGACCCUCCUCCUCCCAGGUACGAGCCGGGAGAGGAGGGAGCCGCUCUCCUGCCGGCGCUCCACCAUGGGCAAUAUCUCCAAUGACUCCUGGCCCGAGGACUGCGGGUCCCGGCAGUGGCUCCCCUCCGGCGAAAGCCCGGCCAUCAGCUCGGUGAUGUUCUCGGCCGGGGUGCUGGGGAACCUCAUCGCUCUGGCGCUGCUGGCGCGCCGCUGGCGGGGGGACGCGGGACGCAGCGCGGGACGCGGGAACUCGGUCUCCUUGUUCCACGUGCUGGUGACAGAGCUGGUGUUCACCGACCUGCUUGGGACCUGCCUCAUCAGCCCGGUGGUGCUGGCUUCCUACGCUCGGAACCAGACCCUGGUGGCUCUGGCGCCUGAGAGCCGUGCGUGCACCUACUUCGCCUUCGCCAUGACCUUCUUCAGCCUGGCCACGAUGCUCAUGCUCUUCGCCAUGGCCCUGGAGCGCUACCUGUCCAUCGGGCACCCCUACUUCUACCAGCGUCGUGUCACGCGCCGCAGCGGCCUGGCAGUGCUGCCCACCAUCUACGCCGUCUCCCUACUCUUUUGCUCGCUGCCGUUGCUGAACUACGGGCAGUACGUCCAGUACUGCCCCGGGACGUGGUGCUUCAUCGAGCACGGCCAGACUACGUACCUGCAGUUGUAUGCCACCCUGCUGCUUCUCCUCAUCGUCGCGGUGCUCGCCUGCAACUUCAGCGUCAUCCUCAACCUCAUCCGCAUGCACCGUCGGAGCAGGAGAAGCCGCUGCGGGCCCUCCUUGGGCAGCUGCCGGGACGCCCCUGGGGCCCGCAGGAGAGGGGAAAGGCUGUCCAUGGCGGAGGAGACAGACCACCUCAUUCUCCUGGCUAUUAUGACCAUCACCUUUGCUGUGUGCUCCUUGCCUUUCACAAUUUUUGCAUACAUGAAUGAAACCUCUUCCCGAAAAGAAAAGUGGGACCUCCAAGCUCUUAGAUUUUUAUCCAUCAAUUCAAUAAUUGACCCUUGGGUCUUUGCCAUCCUUCGGCCUCCUGUUCUGAGACUAAUGCGUUCAGUCCUGUGUUGUCGGGUUUCAUUAAGAACACAAGAUGCAGCACAGACUUCCUGUUCUAUACAGUCAAAUGCCAGUAAAUAGAUUGACCUUUGUGGACAGUAGUUAAGAAGUGCUUAGUUAGCCAGCAUCUGGAAGAUCAUUUUGAAAUGGCUCCUUGGAGAAAUGAAAAAAGUUAGUUUAUAAACAAAGUGAAGCUACCCUAAUAAAACAGAGUAAACAAACAUUUCAGCAGCAGUUUGUGCUACAGAGGUGCUGACAAGGCACUUCACAGAAGGUGUCAGGAGAAUACAUAAAAGCUGCCCUCGAUGAGCAUGUUACAUGGCCUUUGAGAAAAAACCAACUGCAUUUAGGAUCCGGUUGCCUUUUGAUUUAAGCUUUCCUGUUGAAUGAGAGCAUAUGUGGUUUUGUAAUUUGUUUAAAACCCUAAGUAGUUACUGUGUGUUCAAUUUCAAUCAUCUAUGCUACUGCCGCUGUAAACAUACGGUGCACAGUCAGGCCAGAGAAAACUUCACAUGUAUUCUCUACGAAGUCCAUACGAGGAAGCAACCACGGCUGGUGUCUUGUGAUUGCUUAAGAAACCCUUUGUUUGGCCAGUGAAUUUGGAAAUCACAGGCACUUUGUAGUGUCGUAUUUGUGCACGUGGGAGGACUCCCUUGUCACUACAGUAUUAUGCGUGGAAGAGUAAGUAAGCUCAGCUGGUUAACGUCACCUUCUCACUACUCCUCCGGAAGCUGGGUGUCAAAGUAUCGGGUUAUUUAUUUUAUAAUGUCCGUUGUGCCGACAGUAAUGAAGAACACUUUCAGAAUUUUCCUCUCAACAAGAAAUAAUAGGCUAUUGAGAGAGUUAAUUCUGAUUAAUAUUCUUCAUUCUAUUUCCAGGGAGAGGCUAUGGGGCUAUGUCUGCAACCAAGUAUUAGAAUUAAGAAUGGAAAAAUCUGAUCAAUUCUCAGUAAACCCUGAAACUCUUCUAAGGCUCAUGCUGAGGCUGUGACUAACAUCUACUUUAUAAGGUGACUGUUGUAGCAAAACUCAUGCAUCUAAGUUUUUAUCCAGGAAACAUGGUUUGACUCAUACUAUAUAGGAAAUAAUGCAACAGUGAGUCAUAUCUUAAUAUGUUUCUAAAUCUAAAUGUUUGCCAUGGUAUAAAAAUAUACCAGCAUUAAAAUAUUUCAGCAAAUUUGCACUGCUUAAUCAUCUUAGUUCCUGCAUAAACUCAUCUGAAAUGUCACAAAAAUAAACUAUGAAACAAAAAUUUAGAAAUGGAAGAGUGUUGAGUUCCCCCAAAUAACAGUUUAUAGAGUAGAUAUAUUUUUUAGUGAGAUAAAAGUGGAAAAAUUAUAUUUAUUUUGGCAAGUUUUUAGAAGUAUGGUUUCAUUGUAAUUUAAAUGUUAAAAUAGUCAGUAUAGUACUUGGUAUUCGAGUCUUUUUUUUCCUUACAGCAUGAUCUUCAGAAUAGUAGAAACACCUUAUUUAUUUAUUUAUUUUGCAGUGUGUUAUUACAGGAUAGCUAUUAUAAAAAACCAAAAAGGGGAUGUCAGUUUUUUCCAAGGUCUCGUUGAGUUGCUUACGCAAAACCAUUUCCUAUAAGUAGUUAUCAAACUAGGUGAUCACUUAAAGUGAUUCCAAACCAAUCUAGCAUCAGUAUAUUUUGACACAAUCUAUGUCAAAUCAGCUCUUAUUUUUAAAAGAAUAAAUAAAUGGUUUGCUUUCCUACUGAUUUAAACAAACCAGGCAAAAUUUAACUUAACUGAAAUCUGGACAUGUAAAUAAAUCUUCCCUGCAAACAAGUGUUCUGAAGUUAAGAAAUUGCUCUAAACAGGACUAAUAAUUAUACUCAUGGGUAAUUCCUAAACAUAAAAUUCUAACGUUACUUUGAAUAUGAAAGAUUGAUUUAUAAGAUGACUAUUUUUUCCUCCAAAUGAAACCAAAUGAAAAUGUUAACUACAGUCCUUCUCUUCACCUCACCAUCACCCCAAAAUUCUGAAAUAAUGCCUGAGAACCUUAAAAAACAAACAAACAAAAAGCAAGAAAAGGCAUAGUUGGACAUAGUAUCUCUAGUGGGAACAAAAUGAUUUACUCUGGGGUCCCAAUAUAUAAAAGUUUAAGCCAUUUAUUUAAGAAUUGGUAGAUUUCUAGAGCUUUGUUUCCUGAUGUACUCCUGUUCCUUGUACUGUAUUAAAUGGCUGAGUCCUGUUGUUCUGUUUGCACAUACACAGAAGGAAUUAAAUGUAAAAAUCCUGUGUAAUAGACAAUCACCUAUUAUUAAUGGCAAUUUAAAGGUAACAGAAAAAAUUAGACGGGUAAAUAUUUCCUUUCUAAAAAUCCCAUCACAUCAGACAUAUCUGUUCACGUUUACGGACUCAUUUUCAACUUAAAUGAAAAACACGGAGCUUAGCCUCGUAUGUCAGAGAAUUGAAUUGUGAUAAAAGAAGAUGCAGGUUUUAUUUGUUGUCCCCGACAGUCAUUGGGAUGAAAAGGGAAAAACUAUGGCGGAUUUUCACUUCAGAAUCCCAGCUCUGACGUUAGGCGUCCAGAAUUGGAUGGGCCAGAGUAGUCGGCUCUGAGCCAAAUUGUUCCCAGUUCCCUGUGGCCUCAGGUCAUGUUUCCCAAGAGGAAACUGGAAAAUUCUGGUACUAACUUACGGCCUUGAACAUCCAAAGAUCUGAUAGAAGAUACAGAAAGCCUCCAAAAGACCUGAAUCUCAAAGUGGUUUGGACCCAUGACAACGUAGAACCAGAACAAAGCUCUAGAAACUGCGCCAACCCAAAACCACCAUGCUGGCAGAGGCUGUAAGCCCUGAGCGGCAAGCAGCGAAAAUCCGAUCGGUAUCACUGCAGUCUCAGUGUAAUUCACUUACAUUCUUGGCACCCCUGUCUGCUCAUGUCGGUGCGCUUUGAAAGGGUUGUCCUAAUGUUCGUGUAA